CUUAUUUUUAGUAUAUAUUUAUAUACAUAAAUAUAAUGAAUAUUAGCAAUCAAUCUGACAAUUCAUUGGAAGAAGAUGCAAUAUUAUAUGACUUGUCAUAUCAAGUGGAAUGGCCCGAACAAAAGGAAGUUGUCGGAGGUUCACAACAAGAUGAAAUUCAAUCAAAUGUCAUUUACAACAAUGCCAAACGGAUUCAGUCUUCAAUAUCAAGGUGGACAUGGGCAACUGUCCGGGCUGUUGGUAUUCCAGUAAGAUCAGGAGCAUCAUGUAUUUUGCCACCAGACUUGAUCAAGUUAAUAAACAGCCAAGAAUCAUGGAUGUUUGCUAGAUCACCUGAUGGUAAUUUUAUUGCAGUAUUGCAAGAUGGAUGUUUGGAAGUUCUCUCAUCCAAAGAUGACUACAGUGUGCUAGUCGGGCGUUGCAAUUUUACAAAAGACCUUUUUCCUCAAUGGCGAAAAAUUUCUUGGAGUCUACAUUCUACAACAAUUGCUUUUUCUGACAGCGAUGGUACCGUUUAUGUGUGUGACCUCAAAGGAAUACUUUUACUCACUUAUCAAGGUCACAUGAAUGAUGACAAAAAAGCUUAUGAUUAUAGUUCAGCCAUUUGUAGUUUGACUUUCAUUGGACAUGAAGUGACACACAAACAUAAAGAUGACAGUUUGCAUUUAUUGGUCGUGUCUUACAGUGGAAUGGCGACUUGUCUUGAAAUAAACAGCAUUUAUGAAAGAGGUUAUCAAAUCACGUAUGAAUUUGAUUUUUCACCGAGUUAUUCUAAUGGAGUGAGUGGUGUUCUUUAUAAUCAGGACCACAGUAUGAUUAUUGUUGGUGGAUGUGCUGGUUAUGCCACGAGCGAUGAUGAUGUACCGAGAGCGACUAGGAUUGGAUUAACAGCAUGGCGGCUUCUGUCAGAAGAACCUUUUCUCAAAGCUCUGAAUGUUUUUUCAGAUGUUGAUGAUGCUAAACGAAAUCAGAGUUUUCUGAGGAGGCUGUCCACUGUUCCAGUAGGUUUGGGUAAAAAAUUGCGAAAACAGUUUUUUGAUGGAAUAUAUACGAUGUCAUUAUCACCAUGUUGUAAAUUUCUGGCUACAAUUCAAAUAUCCGGUAGUCUUUCCAUAUGGGAUAUCCCUUCUCUCAGACACAAAAGAUGUUGGAACAAAGAAGAUCAACCAUUUUUUGAUAGCCUGGAUCCGGAUGCUGUGAAAUCUAUAAAUUCUGCUAAAAAGUUCAAGGAAUAUCCUUUAUUACAAAACAUUAUUGACUGUCAGUGGUGGAACGACUCCAGUGUUAUUUUAGCACGUUGUUCUGGUUCAUUGACAGUUGUACGUGUUUCUGGUUUGUCUCUUGAUAACCUUUUUGGUGAACAAUGCGAGUGGUUGGAGCCAGCUCCGAGAAUAUCAUUCUGCAGAGAUGAGGGUUUCCUUGCGUUAGAAUGCCAACCUCAAGUUAAAACAUUGAAGCGACAACGUAUGGAUUCGGUAGAAGAAGCACAAAAGGAGGAAGAUGAGGAAUAUGACCCCUUUUUGGAUGACAGUGACAAAGAAGAUCAUCCAGGUAUAGCAGGCCGUUUGAAAAACUACACUAAAUCAACCAUGUAUGAUUUAACUGAAAUUGAAUAUUUUAGACCUCCAAGAAAGCGGCCCAAACUUGUUACAAAGUCAUAUAGACUGUUAACUUUGACAAAAACAACACCUGAGAAACUUUUUGAUAAAAAAUUGGAUGAUGAAGAAUAUGGUGAAGCGCUAGCUCUGGCACGUAGAUAUAACUUAGAUAGUGACAAAGUGUUCCAAAGGCAAUGGAGAAAAUCACCUGUUUCAGUUGCAUCUAUUCAGGACUAUUUAAGCAAAGUCACAAAACGAUCAUGGGUCAUGCACGAGUGUUGUGAAAGAGUACCUGACGAACUAGAUGCUGCUAGAGAGCUUUUAAAGUUUGCACUGACAGUUACAGAUAUUGAUAAAAUUGGAGAGGUGAAACACACUGAAUCUAAAUCAUCAUCAACUUCCUCAGAUUCGGAAUCAGAUUAUGAAGAAUAUGAAGGAUUUGAUGUUGAGGAACAACGACAACAAGAAAUACGACAAAGAGAGAAAUUUGUUAAAAAAUGGUCGAAAAAUUUUGAUUUUGAUAAUUUAUCACUUGAACAAAAAGAAACUAUUAGAACAAGAAAAAAGAUUCUGAAAUACUUUGACAGACUUUCUACAUAUGAAAGUCUACUGGGCGGCUACGAUGCAGCAAGAGAACGUUACAACAGGGAAAGAUUUGCAAUCUUUAGACAACAGGACAUGUUAACUUCUGCUUUAGAAUAUGCUCGUUCAUGCGAUUGGAAAUCAGUUGAUAUAUUGCUAACAUUUCAUGGAGAUGAAUUACGAGAACAUCGUCUUCCUAUUUUGUCAAAUUUUCCAAAGACACUUUCUCCUACAGAAUAUAAAAGCUUGUUGCCUUGCGUUGAUGAGGAGGGAGAAGUCGGUCAAUGGCCUGAAGUGAAGCAUCGUGAUCCUGAAGAUUGGUGUGAAAAAGAGGAAUAUCAACAUAAAUUGACGUUGCUGACACAACCAGUGGAUCCAGCAUAUGACUUUUAUGAAGAAAACAAACAUCUUAAAACUUUUCGAGUCACUUCACUUUCUGCAGAGUUGGUUAAAGAAUGGUAUUUACAACAGGCUGUGCAAAUGGAUACCGACGCUAGAGACAUUGAAGGAGCAUUGGAUAUCUUAAGCAUUGGGGCAGAUAACUACGUUGAAGGUCUUCAAGACUUGACAAGAGAUUUUAAAACGUUGGAAAUGCUGGUCUAUGAAUGUAACUAUGAUCCAGGUUUGACUUUUGUUCAACUUCAAAGAAAAAGCAAGUUAGAACAACUGAAAAUGUUAAUGGAUAACUCGUCAAAAGAAAUGUAUGUUAAAAACUUUCACAGAUGGGCUAUACCAUUUUUAAAAUCAACCAAUGAUGUUGAGUCUGCCUCCAUAAUAUUUUAUAAAUAUGUUACGGAAAUGGCGGAAGAUGAUCUAACAUUUCCUUGUCAGAUAUUCACAAGUUUCUUGCAGGAUAAGUCAAUGCCUCCAGUAAUUGCAAGUUUGGAAAUGUUAAUAAAGUUAGCUCUUGAGUCUGUUUAUCUCUGUGGUAAAGCACAGCUGGAUUAUGUGAAAAAAAUCCAUGCAUCCUUGGCAAAGCUAGAUAGAUUAGUUAUGAACAAUAUGGCAGGUCAUCUGAUUGAAGACAUAUCUUCGUUAGAAAAUCACAUUUACACCUGCUCAGUAUUAGCAGGAUAUAAUGUGAAAGUUUCACCUUUCGAUGUUAAAGAAGUGGAAAAUGACAGAAUGAAAGUUGAAAGACUUCUUACUCGCUUAAGUAGAACUGCUGGUGCACAAGAGCCACCUCUGGGUAGCAAUGGAUGGAACAAUUUGCUCAAAGAUAUGUUGCAACUUCGGAAUCAAAUUUUUUCAAAAACUUGUGAUCUUGAAGCUGCAGUUUGCCUUGAAGUUUUUGUGGAAAGUCUUCUAACAUCGGGAAGUAUUGCCAACUUCAGAAUAGCAGGUGAACGUAUGAUGCGUACCGCAGAUGAAGAACGUGAAGCAAGCAGAAAACGGCUUUAUCCAGCACAGCAAAAACUCUCGUAUGAAAGUUCAGUUGCUCUCGUUGUUAAAUCAUCCCAAGAAUAUUUUGAUGCGUCAUCUCCUCACAGCGAGGAUAAUAUGCUUAGUUUAGCAAGAGAAUGUCUGUUGUUGAUUACAGACAGACCUCCAUUGAUACACGAAAAACUUGACAUGAUAGAGGGUGUUGUGCUUUUGCAAAGAUUUGGGGUUGACAAGUUGCCUCUACAAGUGAGGUUAACGGAAGAUCGUUUAUCUCUCAUCAAAAAAGCAAUAGACAUGGACAAUGAUGCGUACCGAAAGACAGAGCCACUGCUUCGUUUAGGAAUGCUUUUUAGAGUUUGUGGUUUAAACAAAGAAGAAAGAAAGGGACGGAUUUUGAACAUGAUCAUUGACAAAGCACUUAAUUGUAAUGAUUUGCAAACAGCAUAUUGCCUUUGUCAAGAAUUGAUAGGCAUGUCCUACACGCAGGCAUGGGAGGUUUGUUUUAGAUUGGCUUGUGAAAGUGAUUUCGAAGAUAUAAUUGCCAAGAGAGACAUAUUGGCCUUUGUGGUCUGCUUUUGUGAUGAAUCAAAACUGGUAAAAGUAAUGGAACAGAUGUGUGUUUUGGACUCACAAAUACUUCAAAAUGUUAUCAGCAAACAUAGGACACAAAAUACUGAGUUGGAUUCUAAUCCUGAAGAUGUGGUUGAGCAUGUGAUGGAAGAAGAGUCACCCACUCUCCCGAAAUCAUUUGAGAUACUCUCAGAAGAUUCUAACCCACUCAAUAAAUUUGUUUCAUCUACAUCUGAUUUUUUGUCGCCAACAAAAAUGUUGGAAUCAACUGCAAAAGGAACAAAAGUAAUGUUAUCUGCUACUGGCACAAUGCUAUCUGCUACUUCCAGCACAACAAAAGCCGUUUUGUCAAAUGUCGGUAAUACUGAUUGGUGGAAAAAUACAAUAGAUCAAACUCUUUCUAUUAUUCCCAUACCAGAUGAUCAAGUUAUGGAAUUAGAACCUGAAAAAGAGUUAUUGAAUGAGGAUCUGGAAUUACAAGGUUGUUCAGAUUUUUAUUCAGGUAUUAUUGAAAACUCCGUAACAAAGCAUGGCCUGCUGAUUAACAAGGGAAGUUAUUUCAUUCCUACACCUGUUUCUAUGUAUCAAGCCAAGCUUCGUAUUUUACAGCUAUCACAGCAGAUGCAUGAACAACUCGGCUCAAAUAUUGAUGAUGAAGUAAUAGUGCUCGAAAAUAUGGUCAAGGAAGUUCUACCAUAUGAUUUUGCACUUGGUAUUGGAUAUCUCCUCGCAUUUCCAAAUCCAGAAAAUGCAUUUUCUUGUAUGCAAAUGUUUCCAAUAUCAGCAUUGUCAAUACAAAUGGCAUUGUAUUAUUUUUCAUUGCUACUGUUAGGCCUCGAUUCAGAAGAUCAUUUAUUAGAUUCUAAAUCAGUUUUAUAUAAUGUUCCUCCAUUGAAACUGAUCAAACAUGCACUAGAUAUAGCAGAAUCUUCUGAUUACAAAGGAGAUCAUAAAGCAAAACUUGUGUCUUCUUACCUAAUCCAGCUUCGAGAACAAUUGUAUGACUUUUCACAAGGUGAAAAACUUCAACAACUGGGACGGGGCAUCGAUCUUGGUCGGUUUACUAAAGAUAAUGAUUACAAACAAGAAACAAUCUUAGGUCUUGCCAUGACGUCUGAUGAAGAACAAUACAAACUAGCUGUUUCACUUGCACAUCGUUCCGGUACAGAUCUUUGGUUGGUAUUUGUUACACAUUUGGAAUACUUGUUCUCUGAUUGCCAAGAAGAACUGAAUUGUCAAGAUCUACAUGAACGCAUUAAAAACCUUAACAUGGUUCCUGAACUGGUAACUCGUCCGAGUGAAUUUUUUGACAGAAUGGAUAAGUAUACAUAUCCUUUCAUAAGUGGCAAAGAUCAUGACAGACUUAUUCUAUAUUAUAGCUUGUUGAAUGAAUGUGCAUCAAUGCAGGAACAAUUUGUAUCAAGUCAUAAUUUAUGUAAAAUCUCACCUGCUGAUCAUAUCAAGAUGUUGCGGAAAAUCAAAAGUGUUGCACCAAGUUUGGACUACAAGGUGAUAGUCAGUGAUGAAAAAACAUCGACCCACAAACUAUUCUUAAUAUUCUUCGUCCUAUAUCAAGUAAACUUCAUGUGGGCAGAAUUAUCAGCUGAAUCAUUGGGAAAAGAUAUUAAUUGGAGCAUGCGGUAUGAUUCAUGUAACUCGUUUUUACGUAUGUGUUAUCCCAAUGAUCUUCUGUCGUUUUUUCAACAAAUGUUCUCAACAUCAGAUUUUUCCGAACUGUUGCCUCAAAAGACUCGACAAGAAAUUAUGAAAAAAGGAAUUAAACUUUGUAAAAUACAAGGCACAAAAGAACGGAAAAAUCAACUGGACGAAGGAAUUUUACAAAAUGGACAAAGUUUUCAUACAGUAUUGCCAGUAUUUCUGCAAAUGUCUAAGCAUUUAGAUAGCUACUCAACUACAUUCAUUUCAGAUUUGGUGAAAAGAUCAAAAACAGAUGAAAAAAUGAAACAUUAUUUAUGGCUUUAUGAUAAAUCUCAGUCUCGGCCUGAGGAAAUAUUAGAUGUUGCAGCAACUAUGCUCUGUGAUGGCUGUUCUCCAACAUUUUUGCAAGGUUUUCUUGCCGUUGUUCCCGGUAACAAAUGGUCACCAGCAAAUGUUUUGCGAAAAUGUGUUGAUGAUCUUAUAAAAGAUUUUACAUCAUCAGAUGACAGCAAUUUAGUAUUUGAUAAGAUUUCUUCUAUUGUUAUCACGAUUGGUGAUCAUGUGAAAGAGAAUGGAAGUGUGUUUACAUCCAGUCAAGUUAUAGAUUUGCUGCGUCCAUUCUGCAGUGAUGUCAGUGUGGAAGUGAAGAUACGAGUUGAUAUUUUACAACUUUUAGAAGAUCAAUUUGAGUUGGCAGACUCUGAAGCAAACCUUCUCCUUUUACAUAGAUCAAGAGCAAUUGUUCGAGAUGGUUGGGGUAUGCAAACAUGUGAUAAUUUAUUAGCAGGUGAUGAAGAAUCCAUCAGUAUUAUCACAGAUGAUAACAAACGUUUUGCUUUGUUUCAAAGUCUUCUAAUUUCCGAUCAACUUGACAUUAUGAAAUUAAAGCAUCUGAUCACACUUCUCAACAUAUGGCCUCAGUUUUCAACUUCGAAAAUGCUAGGUGAUAGUUGGCAGUUAUUGCUUAUUAAUCUUGCAGACUUUGGUCAAGAUGGAGGAAAAGAAAUCAUCGAAAUAAUAAGAAGGAACAAAGAAAUGCUAACGGAAAGCUCUAUAAAUGAUAUUUUUAAGAAAUUAAUGCAGGCUAAACUCUCUUUCUUUGCAAUCAAGCUUGCUCUUUUGACAAACAUACCUGCAAUGCGUGACCAGCUCAUUAACGCGAUAAAGUCAGUCAAAUGUAUGGGACCCAGUCAAUGUGACGAAGAAUUAGUUCGAUUGAUGCUCGAAAAUUCUAUUGCUGCUGAAACUGUUGGGACUCUCUACUAUGCAAGAAUAUUAGAGUAUCUUCUAUCUGGUGAUUGUACUGAUGCAAAACGGCAUGUAAACCAGUUGGCACGUCAGCUUCAAGAUCAGGAAAAUAUUGCUGAAGCAGGAACAUUGUUGCUUAAUUUUAGAGGAACACAUCCUGGUCUCAGAACAUUCGGAAAUGCGCUGUCAUCAUUGAGGAGGUGGCUGGAAUCUUGAAUGGUGUUUAUAGAUAUGAGUAGGAUAAAGAGGCAAUUUUUGGUUGUGGGCAUCUCUUAAAUAUUUGAUAUCAACUUGGCCUUUUUCAAAAAUGUAACACUGAAUCAGAUUGGGGGUCUAGGGGUUCGCAUGUACCCCAUUUUCGGAGUGUCUCAUAAAUUUGCCGAAUCAAUUAAUGUUUCUAUAUUAGAUUCAUGUAAAGCGUGUCAUGUCAAUGUAACUUACAUACAUUUACUGAACUGAGGGGAACCUGUUUUAGUGGAUUGAUAACAAAAGGAACCUAUUUUUUGAAUUCACAAUCCCAUAUGAUAAAUAUUUUACCAGCUUUUCAAAUAUAUGCGGCUUAUAGGUUUUGUCUCAUGCCAUAAUGGUUUAUAAAUAUUGUUAACAUAGCAUAUGGGAAUUGCAUACAUAAUGUUCCAUUUUGCAAGAUAUGUCACUAGUGUAUUUUUUCUUAAAAGCGAGAUGUAGUUUAAUGGUGCUUGCUUGUUUUAAUCAUGUAGUUUAUUCAAUGAAUUCUGAAAUAAUUUAUACAUGGCCAAGAAUGGUAUACUGAUAGAUAUAGGUUCGUGUUUUAGUUCAUCUAUUUUUCCGUGCAAUGUUGUACUUGAAUUUUAAUAAAAUGGUUAUUCCAUUA